ACUAUUAACCCGUACCCAGUCUCCAUUUCCACAAUCCGAAAACGGCGAAGCCAUUUCCGAAAUACCAGCCAAACCCUUCUCUAAACUCACUCACUCACUCUCUCUCUCCGACCCUGCGAGACCCGAGCGACCCCUCACUCUGCGACCAUGUUGCGCCGCGCCACCGCCCUCUUGACCCGACCUGUGAUCUCCCUCCGGGCCCGACCCUUCUCCACGGAUGUCUCAGAAACUCCAGUAGCCGACACGUCGUUUUAUGAUGCUUGGAAGAAAGUGAUCCCAAUCAUAGAGCCACCCCACACCCCAUUGACCUUCAUGAAGCCUCGGCCUCCAACUCCAUCUUCGAUCCCUACUAAGCUCACUGUCAACUUUGUGCUGCCUUAUAACUCGGAGCUUGCAGCCAAAGAGGUUGACAUGGUAAUCAUACCAGCAAGCACUGGGCACAUGGGUGUUCUUCCAGGACAUGUAGCAACAAUUGCAGAGUUGAAACCUGGGGUCCUAUCAGUACACGAAGGAACUGAUGUGACAAAGUAUUUCAUCAGCAGUGGUUUUGCAUUCAUCCAUGCGAACUCUUAUGCAGAUAUAAUUGCUGUAGAGGCUGUCCCUCUUGAUCGUGUCGAUGCAAGUCUUGUCCAGAAGGGGCUUGCAGAGUUCACCCAGAAGCUGAGCUCAGCUUCAACUGACUUGGAGAAAGCUGAAGCUCAGAUUGGAGUUGAUGUGCAUAGUGCCCUCAAUGCCGCCCUCACAGGCUAGUUUUACUAGUCUUUUCACUCUGUUCUUGAUUUAGUCCAUUUGUACCCGCUGUUACAUCUUUAAGGUGCUGCAAUUCGACACUUGGAUCAGUCUCUUGGAGCCAAUAUUUGUGUCAACACUUUUUUCUUGUAGUUCUGUGUUGAAUGUGGAAUUGAUGAAAAAAUAAUACUGGAAUUUGAUGUCAUCUGGUUGACAGAGUUGGUCAAAUACUUAAAAGAAACGAGAGAUUACCAUCC